AUGCCAUCGCCCCAGCACCGAAGGCUGACGCAGGGUGCAACCCUUCCCGCCGCCGCCCCUGCCAACCCACUGCCCGCUUCUUCCGUAUCGAUGCCUCGUCCCUUCAGCCCGCCGCCUCGAGGCGAACCUGCUGCAUCACCUCCAAGGCGACCCCGAUCUUGCCGGGCCACCCUUUGCCGCGUGGUGAUUUUACUUUUGGCCGCCCUCGUCGGCUUGAAUGUGUUGUCGUUGUUCGCAUCUGACCCGGACUCCCCGCGGCCUCCUGCCCUGUCGCCACCUGCUGCCCCCCGGGGCGUCGGCAAACCAGCCUACUACGCUUUCACCCGCCUUUCUGUUGUCCCUGACUUGAUUGCCAUAACUAUGGCCAUGGGCCAGAUUGGCCGCAAGGUUCACAGGCUCCCUUGCGUCCAAAGGGGUUGGGUCUACCGAAUGAAGGCCGCAUUGUCCGACAUGGAAGAGCCGGCGCAGCUCUUGGAGUCAUGGCUCUACGGCAAGAACUUUCCAGGGAAGCCGUCGGCAUCCGUAGAGGGCCGCCUAGCCGCAGAGGCACUUGAGAACGUGGAGAACAUAUGCCGGGCCGCACCUCGAGAUCUCGACAGGUUUCGGGAGCUACGGUGGUACGAAAUGACAGGUCACGCACAAUUUACGGUGGACGGUGUGUUGCACGAUCACUUUGCCGAGUUUAAAAACAGUACCUGGGCCUUCCACCCCGACGAGGAAGACUUGGGCCAGUACGACGACCUGGACCUGGUCGGAAACGUCAACCAGCACGAGGCUGCCGACCUCAACCGCACGGCUGCCAGGUUCCUGUCCAGUCUCCACAAGAAACGCCUGCCGGAACUCAUGCGUUUCUGCAACAUGAACGGACCACCGUUUCAGACCCCGCCCGAGGAAUUCGCAAUACUCAAGGCCAAAUUCGACAGCAUGCUCAAGCAAGUCGAAGAGCUGAGCAGCUCCGACUGGGCGGAAGCGGCAAGAGCGGGCCUGGAGCAGUAUGGCAUCUGGGAUGGGCCAAAACCGGGCUUACUUCGACGGGCCGCCUUUUGGGUCUGGGGAUCGGGCUGGGAGUACCCGUGCCGGCAGACCCCCAUCUCCUGGGAGGCCCAGGCCGGCGAACAGGAAGAUUAUUAUUGGAUGGACCCAUCCCCAGCGGGCCUCAGAGCAUACCGGGACCGCAAGUACGCUGAUCCCUACUACUACGCCAGCGCCCUCCGCUGCCUCCUCGCCUCCCAACGCGUCAUCAGGGAGGAAGUGCUGCCGCGAGUUCGCAAGUCGCAAACCGGCCUCGCCGAGGCCCAAGCCAAGUAUGAGAAGCAGGUCGCGGAGGCGAGCCAGAGGCUGAAACACCAAAUCGCGGAGCUUGUUGCCGGGCGGGGAUGGGAGUUCGUUGAGAGGGUCCAGAUCGGGCUGACGUCCGAGGGGCACCGGGUCGAGCUCUCCCGUGCCGAGGCGAAGGGCAUUCCCCUCACCGACGUGCGCAAUACAACCGUCUGGAAGGCGCAUGUUCCUGCCGCUGGACAGCAGAACGGCUGA